AUGUCUCUCGGGCGCACCUUUAAGCUCAACUCUGGCUACGAAAUCCCCGCAGUGGGACUGGGUACCUGGCUGUCCAAACCACACGAGGUGGAAGACGCAGUCGAGGUGGCUUUGCGAACAGGAUACCGUCAUAUCGACGGUGCCGUUAUUUACCGGAAUGAAAACGAGGUUGGCAAGGGCUGGAAGAAGUCGGGCGUGCCACGGGAACAGAUCUUUCUCACGAGCAAACUGUGGAACACACAUCAUCGCCCCGAGCAUGUGGAACAACAACUCGAUAAGACCCUGGAAGAUCUCCAGACUGACUAUUUGGAUUUAUACCUGAUCCAUUGGCCCGUUUCGUUUGAGUAUGCCGGGGAAGACUUGAAGCCAAUCGACCCGAUCACCAAACGAUUCAAGAUAGCCGAUGUCCCUAUCGCGGAGACCUGGAGAGCCAUGGAGAAGUUGGUCAAGUCAGGCAAAGUCCGCAGUAUCGGAGUGAGCAAUUUCACCCAGGAGCAUCUCGAGGAGCUCCUGCAGACUGCGGAGAUUCCUCCGGCCACCAACCAGAUUGAGGCGCACCCUUAUCUGCAGCAGCCAGAGUUGACUCAGUAUCUCAAAGACAAGGAUAUCCUCCCAAUCGCAUACAGCCCUCUUGGUAACAACCUUGCUGGUCUUCCACGUGUGAUUGAUGACCCUUUCGUCAAGGAGCUGGCGAAAUCGCUGAACAAGGAACCCGCCUCAUUACUGAUCUCUUGGGCCGUACAACGUGGGACUGCCGUGCUGUCCAAGAGUGUGACACCCUCACGGAUCAAGAGCAACUUCGAAGAUUUCAUCAUCCCGGAACCAGUUUUCGAGACACUUAAUAGACUGGAUCGCCACUUGCGAGUUGGAGUCCCGUUCCAGUGGGGUAUAGAUGUCUUCAAAGAGGUAGGAGCCGAAGAGAUUGAAAGGCGCGCGGAGGAGUUCGCUGCGAAGCAAAGGCAGUAGCGUGAACGAUCAGCAGGACUGCCAGUGGUGUGGUGUUUGUAGUCAAAGCAAGUGGGGAAUAUAUUGCGGCACAGGCGCCAGCACACCCAAAGACAUGCUUCUUUUCAUGGUGACAUGAAUUCGUCAAAGCGAGGGAAAAAAUAUAUAAACAA